CUCCAGCCCGAUAGGUGGUGAUAAUGUGCCCGAACGCUGGUUGCCAAUCACCACUCAAAUCAAACAACAACAACAGGAAGGCGACACGAACGCAAUCGUGACAGAAAGCAAGCGGAGAUGCAGCGAGAAAAGACAAACAACUCAGGCGGGGCUGAAAAGCCUGACCGGGAGGCCGCCAUUAUGUCCAAAUACUACGAUGGAGUUGAAUUCCCUUUCUGUGACGAGUUCUCCAAAUAUGAAAAACUAGCAAAAAUAGGACAAGGGACAUUUGGGGAGGUGUUCAAAGCGAAACACAGGCAGACUGGAAAGAAGGUUGCACUGAAGAAAGUAUUAAUGGAAAAUGAGAAGGAAGGGUUCCCAAUCACUGCUCUGAGAGAGAUAAAGAUCCUGCAGCUGCUAAAACAUGAGAAUGUGGUGAAUCUGAUUGAGAUCUGCAGAACCAAAGCUACCCAGUUUAACCGCUACAAAGGCAGCAUCUACCUGGUGUUUGACUUCUGUGAGCACGACCUGGCCGGGCUGCUUAGCAACACGAAUGUAAAGUUCACCCUGUCAGAGAUCAAGAAGGUCAUGCAAAUGUUGCUCAACGGAUUGUACUACAUCCACAGAAACAAGAUCCUUCACAGAGACAUGAAGGCGGCCAAUGUGCUCAUCACCAGGGAUGGCGUCCUGAAACUGGCUGACUUCGGUUUGGCUCGAGCGUUCAGCCUAGCAAAAAACAGCCAAGGGAACCGCUACACCAACCGUGUGGUAACACUGUGGUACAGACCUCCAGAGCUGCUGCUCGGUGAGCGAGACUAUGGCCCCCCAAUUGACUUGUGGGGAGCAGGCUGCAUCAUGGCAGAGAUGUGGACAAGAAGUCCCAUCAUGCAAGGGAACACCGAGCAGCACCAGCUCACUCUCAUCAGCCAGCUGUGCGGCUCCAUCACUGCAGAGGUGUGGCCAGGUGUUGACAAGAAGUACGAGCUGUACCAGAAAAUGGAGCUGCCUAAAGGUCAAAAGAGGAAAGUGAAGGAUCGUCUCAAGGCUUAUGUCAAAGACCCCUAUGCUCUGGACCUGAUCGACAAGCUGCUUGUCCUGGACCCGGCCCAGCGUACAGACAGUGAUGACGCACUCAACCAUGACUUCUUUUGGUCUGACCCAAUGCCGUCGGACCUGAAGAACAUGCUGUCGACACACAACACCUCCAUGUUUGAAUAUCUGGCUCCUCCCCGGAGGAGAGGCCACAUGCCCCAACAACCGCCCAACCAGAACAGAAAUCCUGCCACCACCAGUCAGACUGAGUUUGAGCGAGUGUUUUAGACAAGAAAUACAGUUUUUACGAAGGCGCACAACUUGCUGAAUGUUUGCUUUGGAAACACGGGACAAAUGGCAUCAUUGUAAGGGAAACUUCGCAGUCGUUGAUCGUGUCCAGGUUUGUCGCAUGAUCACUUCAUGGGAAGGCUGCGCUCAGGUAAUUGUGACUGGUGUUGAGAGUCCGCCCGUAAAGGUUUACAAGUGAAGACCGAAGACCGAUACUUUUCCACUCAUCGUUUGGAACACCUUCAAUGGAACAAUGGCCAUGUUGGAGUUUUAUUGUUAAAGCUGAAUGUCUGGAUUUAUUAUUAUUAUUAUUAUUAUUUUUUUUUUUUUUUAAUUAAUACACUUUUGUCUCUUUUUAAACACGGGUAGUGUUUUGAGGGAUUUAAAAAGUGGAGAAUCACACUCCACUUUUGGGCAACUGCGGUGUACACCGAAUGCAGAUUUGGAUCGUGAAGGGCUGAGCUCAAUCACUGUACAGAAAAGUUCUAUUUUGAAUAAACGCAAAACCCUGCAA